ACAUCUGGUUGUUUAAAGGAUUACAUUGUAAUGAUACCAGACUUCGAUCCAAUUAAAGGAAAUGUUACAGCAGUCCAAUUCAUUGACAAGGUUGAAACGUUGCAAAGGCUUCAUGGAUGGUCAGAUGAAACAACUUUGUUUGCAGUUCAUCAUAAAAUGAGUGGUGUUGCUAAAAUGUGGAUAGAUGCUUUACCAGCGGUUGAAACAUGGAAAGAGUUCAGACAACAAUUUUUAAAGGAUUUCCCAAGUCGAGUAAGUGUUGCUGACAUUCAUCGUGAACUUAUAGCUAGGAAACGAAACUCGAAUGAGUCUUUGGUGGAAUAUUAUUACGCAAUGUUGGCCAUAGGGAAAAGGGGAAGCGUAGAUGAUUCAUCAAUACUGUCGUACAUCAUAAAUGGUCUCAAUGAUAGCAGCUUAACAAGAACACUUUUAGCUAUGAACCCGCAGACAUGUAGUGAAUUAUUAAGGUCGUUGGAGAAUUUGACCAUACAAACGUAUGCAAGGAAGCAAACAAUGAAUGACGAGGAUGACAAAACCGCAAGUGUCUCAGGUGGAGCGCUACCCAAGGGAGUAAAAUGUUUCAAUUGUAAUAGGUUUGGGCACAUCUCAACUAGUUGCCCACAACCAUUGAAGGAGCCGAAGUGUAGUAAAUGUGCAAAGAUUGGUCACGAUGCAUCGCAAUGCAAAGGUAAAGGUACAACUGUGGCAGCAAUGACAGAAGAGUCUAAGGAUUACUGCCCACCGGUUAUGAAAGAUGUUACGGUCAAUGUUCCAGAGGGUUGCGAUAUGGAAGUAACGUCAAAAAGAAUGAAAGGUUUGGUGGAUCUAUUGUUGAAGUGGUGGAAAUGUUUGGGGCUAACGUUGUCAUCGACGAGGAGAGUUUAAUGACUACCAUUUAUGUAGUGCCGAAUGACUUGAUGCGGUAUGACGUUCUCUUAGGAAGAGAUGUAUUGUGUAAGAAGCAAACAAAACUUACAAUUGAGCAUGGUGUCUUGAAAGUAAAGUCAACAAUGCCAAGUACAUUUAAUGUCGGAGAAAGUCUGGAUGAGCAUCAAAAGGAAAAAUUAGACCAAAUACUGUCGUCAUUCAAGGACUGUUUUGCUGAAACCCUUGAAGACCUUGGAAGGUGUAAAAAUACACAAAUGGAAAUAAGUUUAUCUACGGACAAGCCUGUAGUUGGUAAAAGAUACCAAGUUCCAUUUUCUCAAAGACAAAUUCUGUCAGACAUAAUUGACAAGUUGCUUCGAUGUUGUAUUAUUCGCCCAAGUGAUUCGCCCUAUGCAGCAUCAGUAUUGCUGGUCAAAAAGGCGAACGGUGAAAGUCGUAUGUGUACGGAUUAUCGAGCAUUAAAUGAAGUCACCAUCAAAAAGCAGUACUCGAUGCCAGUGGUUGAAGAACAACUUUCGUUGUUAUCUGGAAAUAAGUAUUUUACAACGUUAGACAUGACAUCAGGAUAUUACCAGAUACACGUCAAGGAAGAAUCCAAGAUAUUCACGGCGUUUAUAAC